CCGGCGAUGGCGCCGGGCGGCGCCCGGAGCUGCGCGGGAGGUUCCGGGCGGAGCGGGAGCUUCCGGGAGCGGCCGCGCUGAGGAGGAGGAGGAAGAGGAGGAUGAAGAAGGAGCAGGUGGCGCACUGCCAGUUCUCCGUGUGGUACCCGCUCUUCAAGGCAGUCACCAUCCGCAGUGUUAUUCUUCCCCUGCCAGAGAAUGUGAAAGAAUAUUUGCUGGAUGAUGGAACACUGGUAGUUUCUGGAAGAGAAGAUCCACCAAGUCAUGCUCAGGAGGGGAGUGAUGAAGCAGAGGAGAUACAGUGGUCAGAUGAUGAGAACACUACAACACUUAAGGCACCAGAAUUUCCUGAGUUCACAGCUAAAGUUCAGGAAGCAAUAAGUUCCUUGGGUGGCAGUGUUUUUCCUAAACUCAACUGGAGUGCUCCAAGGGAUGCCUACUGGAUAGCAAUGAACAGCUCUCUGAAAUGUAAAGCUCUCAGUGACAUCUUCCUCCUCUUCAAGAGUUCAGACUUCAUCACCCGUGACCUCACUCAGCCAUUUAUUCACUGUACUGAUGAUUCCCCUGAUCCUUCCUUGAACUAUGAGCUUGUUCUUCGCAAAUGGUGUGAACUAAUCCCUGGUGCAGAAUUCAGAUGCUUUGUCAAGGAAAACAAGCUUUUAGGUAUCUCACAGAGGGACUACACCCAGUACUACGAUCAUAUCUCUAAGCAGCACGAGGAGAUCUGUAGGUCCAUCCAGGAGUUUUUCAAGAAACACAUACAAUACAAAUUCUUGGAUGAAGACUUUGUUUUUGAUGUGUACAGAGACAGCAGGGGUAAGAUUUGGUUAAUAGAUUUUAACCCAUUUGGUGAAGUAACAGACUCCCUGCUCUUUACAUGGGAAGAACUCACCUCUGGAAAAAACUUGAAAGGAGACCAGAGUGAAGGGGAAGCAACAGAACAGGAUUAUCCAGUGUUCCGUUGUACCAACAGCAAAGUCACCGUCCAGCCCAGCCCCUACCUCAGCUACCGACUGCCCAAGGACUUUGUGGACCUUUCCACAGGAGAGGAUGUUCACAAACUGAUUGACUUUCUAAAACUGAAAAGAAAUCAGCAAGAGGAUGACUGAGAUGGUGCCCUGGAACUUCCAAUGGACCCAUAAAUGCUUCUAAACUACAGAUUAUUGUUUUUAAAAACAAAGUCUUAGUUUAAAGCUGGAAGAUAGUUUCCCACCUCUUCCAUGUAGACUCCACAAAUUAAUUUACCACUUUUUCAGCUGUCUUUGCUGAAUGUUCACCAGAACAUAUUUGGUGAUGGGACCAGUUUGUUGGGAGCCUGUGCACUCUGGAGUGUCCCUUUAGGUGGGUAGGCUUGAGUUUUUCUCCUCUGUGAAAUCUGAAUUCAUGGGCUGCUCAGCCAAGCUGAACUGCAGUUUAGAGUUGCAGGAGCUUGUCCUGCUUCCUUUGGGCUAACUCCUAGUGAAGCACCUUAAAAGGCAGCAGAGCAAAAAUACUGGUCCUAUGUUCAGAACUGGUACAGAAACAAUCCCCAAUAUAAAAAUGUAAUCUACAGGAUCAGGUCCCCCAAAAUGCCAUAUCCUUACAGUUUAAAUACCUACUUCAGAUGCACUUUGCUUUUUUCCCCAACUUCAGGUAAUCAAACAGUGAAUUUUAUUUGGCUGUUAAAUUAAAGAUUCCUCUUCUAAAAGAAUUUUCACUCUAUAUGUCCUUUUGAUCUCCUAGGAUAAUUAACAUUUUCCCUUUGGGGAGCAGAGGGGGCUAAUGUUGGUAGAUUAAAAAUGCUUCAGAUCAAUUUUACACUGAAUAGUACAUCACACCUUUCUAUUUCAUCAUAAAAGCAGUUUCUGCCUCUAGCCAUCAUAUACAGAAAUUUGAAAAUACAAAUUUCCAGUUGUUCAGGUCCUUGUUCAUGGGAUUUAAUUACAUCAUCACCAUUUGCUGAGUAAAGGCUAACUGUAUACUAUAUAUUCCUAAUUAUAUGCUUAAAACACAGUGUGAAGAUGCUUGCAGUCUCAUCUAGAUGACAAACAGAAGUUUCAGAGGGAGGUAACAUGCAGUCAUUUUAUACAGAUCCUGUGCCUGCCAAACCCUGCAGCAGUCUGGCUUAGUCUGAUGGCUCCAGCAGUGAGAUUCAAUUCCUGGGCUGCAGCUCUGCCAGGAGUGCCAAGGAAAAGUCCUCAGAGUAUCACAGCCAAUGCUUGUGAUGUUUAAUCUCCCUGAGAGAUAGUGGGGAUCAGGAUUCCUGUAACCCCAUAAGCAGCAGUUGUGAACAUGUCCUGGCUUAGUUGAGGAUUUGGAGUAAUGCUCCUGUCCCUCUGGGCUUCAGACUGUCCAUGCUGUUUGUUCUCUUUUGAGUCUUCUUUCUCCAGUGUUGUCCAGGUCUUUCCUCAUCCCUCAGCCUCUUGUUUGGAUAAAUAUUAAGAUCAGAAUUGGUAGCAGCAGCAGCAUGGAUAAUACUGGGCUGAAUUUUAAAACCUCUCUCUAUGCAAUUUUCCCUCCCUCUUACAAAGACACUUUUUUGAGUGGUGCUCUAUAAUACCUAAAAAAACCCCUAAACUCUAAAAGCAGGGGAGAAAUACCCAGGUCCGAGUCUCAGUAAAAUCAGUAGCACUUGUUGGAUGCUGAUGACAGAUUGUAAAAAUCCACAUCUGACACCCUUGGCUAGAAAUGUCACCUGUCUCAUUGUUACAUACUCACCUGCUGCCCAUGUCCAGGGUGCAGAGGAGAGGUGCCCUGUGAGAUGCAGUUCAGGUGCUCAUUUGAACAACAGAGACCCUUAGACACUCCUGCUUUCAGGCUUUCAGGUGAGCAUUGCCAGGUGAAAGGACCCCAAACCAGAUCAGGGACACUGUGGAGAUGGGUAAUGCAUGGCACAAACCAUUGUAAAAAUCCUUCUGUACCUUUGUGCAUGGCUGAGUUCAGCUUUCACAAACUGUUCCAAAUGUGAAGUGUCAGAUGGCCAGAGAGGAGCACAGGGUGUUUGUUAGUGAGCAUUAAUAGUCAAAUCAGCUUGGCAACUGGUCAUUGAUUUUAACCUUAGAGGCCAGAAGUAUCAAUUCUGGUUGUAUUUGGACACAUGUUACAUUUUGUACAUUAGUUCAAUAAAUAAUACUGAACUAAAAUACAUCUUUUUAGCCAAGAGAAGAUGGACCUGAAGUGUAACACAGAAACAGACCAUGGUGCUUUUGAUUCAUGAAGGACACUUGGUAACACUGAUACUUAAUAAAUCUACCUUAGCAAAA